AAUUGCUGUCUCGAGACACAAAUUGCUUUAAGCGUUUCAGUCCAAUCUCGUAUUGAUUCAACUGGUUCAUGAACCGGUUCAAAAGAACGAUUCGUUCACAAACCGGGCAUCAGUGCAGAUGGCGAAAGGUCGGAAGACCAAAUCAUAUACAGCGAGGAAAUGUUUUGCGUUGCCCAGCCUGGAUUAUUUAGCACACAACGCGCCCGAUUCGCGAACUGACUCCUUUGAACUGAUUCGUUUGGAUGAACGGUUGAAACAACAGAUCUUCCGGCUGAAAACCCCAACUAAGACCAGCAUUAGAUGCGAAAGUGAUUCACGCCUUCACUGAAGCUCCUCCCACAGCCAAUCACCAAUAAAUUCUGGAGACAAACCAGCAGGAGAAAGAAUCAAGCUGAAAUCUUCAUGACAGACUGUUGUUGGAGUUGAUGGGAGAGAAACUUGAGAACAUGAGAGAUUCAGAAUCAUGCCCGAUGAAAACUGAUCGUACAGAGGAACAAAGAGAUACAAUGGAAGUUGAUGAGAAGCAUCCUGAUCACAUGAGGACUUGCAAUAAGAAGACGACGUUCACAUGUCAGCAGUGUGGAAAGAGUUAUACAAAUAAAUGUAAUCUUAAGAGACACAUGAAAAUUCACACUGGAGAGGAAAAUUUGACAUGCCAACAGUGUGGAAAAAGUUUUGCGAAUAAGAUGUACCUUCAGAUGCACAUGAGAGUGCACACUGGAGAUAAACUCUCCACAUGCAGCCAGUGUGGAAAGGAUUUUAUAUGUAAAAGAACCCUUAAGGUGCACAUGAGAAUUCACACGGGAGAAAAACCAUUUCAAUGCCCUGUUUGUGAAAAGGCUUUUACAGAUGAAGGUACCCUUAAGGCCCACAAAAGAAUUCACACUGGAGAGAAACCUUUUACAUGCCAACAGUGUGGAAAGAGUUUUAAAAACAGAAGUAAUCACAGGAGACACAUGAGAAUUCACACUGGAGAGAAACCGUUCACGUGCCAACAGUGUGGAAGGAGUUUCUCUAUUAGUACGCACCUUGUGAGGCAUACCAAAGUUCACUGGGGAGAAACCUUUCAUGUGCCAACAGUGUGAAAGUGUGUUUCAAAUACAAGUAAUUUCGUGAGGUACGCAAGAGUUCACACUGGAGAGAAACCUUGUCCGUGGGAAAGAUUUUUAUUGUGUUAUGACAGCUGCAAGUACAAUGAGUUCACACUGGAGAAACACCAUAGCAUUGGGGGGAGAAGGUUUUAGCUUAUAAAUAAAUCUGCAGUAUCAUAUAAAAAGCACAAUGAGCAUCAUCUAAUUUUAUUUAGAGAGAAAGUUAACUUUUGAGUUGUCAUAUGUCAAAGUUUGUAUUUUUUCAACUAAACAAAUGUAGUGUUCUGAAACUUGGACAUAGUGCUUAAUAAAAAUAAUUCUUUGAUUAUUACUGUACAUAAUUAAAUGCUCUACAAGAGAUAUAACCGUUCUGAUCAAGACCAUCUUGGAUUGCAAAUAAAUAGUCACCUUUGCAUCCUGUAUUUGUAUUUCAGCAUAUAUUUUUCAUCUUGCAUCAAAAUUGGAUUGUAUUUAACAUAUUUGUAUGCAUUUGAAAAUUAGAGAUGGGUUCUGUUUUAAUGUAUCCAAGUGUACCUAAAAUAAAAGAGUUUAAUAUA